UCAAACGUUUGGUUUAAUAAUAUGAAGGUAUUAUUCAUCACAUCGCUGCUCAUGCUCGAUUCAGUUACCUCGGGGAUGGACUCCCCAGGUCCUGGUGGCCUGCUACCCGACUUGAACAUCCCGCUGGCGGAUACUAGCUUGGACCCACCGUGCUCACCGAUAACAAUUAAUAGUAUGCAACUGCCCCCAUUACUAGAAACUUCCAAUGCGGAAAACAACCUUGCAGAACCGCUACCAAUCUCAGACUCCAGUCGAAAAGUCAUUUCCACCUCUGAUGCCCCAUCCUCUUCCUCCAAGCGAAAAUGGGAAUCUAAUCUUUUAUCCUCGGAAUUUAUCACCGUCUUGGAUACUUCAGCUCCUCCCACCAAGCGCAAAGAGAAUCUCAAUUCUUCAUCCUUGAGAAAAGAGAAGAUCCGAUCGCUUGCCGUUAUUAUGGAGGAAACGAGGAACGCCUUACCUGGACCCCAACGACAGCUCAAACUUUCUGACAAGGGUUAUUAUAGGCCUGGAUCGUUUAAGAUGAGGGAUCAAAAUCUGACCGAAAGUCCCGGGAAUACUUCCGCAAUCAAACAUCUUUUCGAGCCGGGAGAACUUCCAAGUGGAGUGUUGCCCGAAUUUUUCAACGUUUACGAUUGGCGAUACGUCAGAGCAUGUUCGGAAGGCGAAAAAAGUGAAGUGUCAGAAGAAGGUUCACUUGGAUGGUUCCUUGAAGUCCUGAACCAAUGCAAAUAUUCCGAAACCAUGUCUCCAGAUCGAUUCUUCUGGAUCCCGAGAGCCCAGGCUGUGUCAAUUUUGAAAAGGUAUCAAAAGCUAAAUUUGGAUUUUGGAAAUCAAUUCAUAAUAUUGGAUAGGGCCCAAACCCUACGUGAUAUUACUCUGAGAGUUUCAGAUGAUAAAUUGGAUCUUGAUAAGUAUCCUGUCUUAGCCAAAAUCCAAAAUGAAUUGGAAGCCGGCCUUAAAUUACAAAUGCGAUCAGACCCAGACGACGUGACACUCGGGAGGAUUCAAUCAAUCAUCGCGCAUAUCAAAAAGCUCACCAAAAUUACAACCUUCUUAAUGAUCACUUACCUUUCGUUGUUCAAGGAACACCCUAACGAUUAUCUAAGCGCUGAAUUGAAUUCAAAUCGGAAGCAAUAG